CUUCAUGGAAUUUCCCAUUCCUCAUGACAUUGCAUUCAUCGGAGAGAUUGGCCUUGGUGGUGAGCUUCGCUCGGUACCAAGAAUGGAUAAGAGAGUAAUAGCUGUUGCUAAAUUGGGUUACAAGAAGUGCAUCAUACCCAAGGCAGCAGAAAAGUUGCUUUCUGCACUUGAUCUGGACAUCUUAAUCUUAGGUUGCAGGAAUUUGAAAGAGGUAAUCAAUGUGGUAUUUCAAGCAAACUGAUAGUCUUGAAUCCUUUGAUCUUCUCACAUCUGUUCAUGCUGGAUCAAUAUAGCAAAAAUGACGCUGAUGAAGCCCUUCAUGGUUCAUUUGUGUUAUGAAUUUUCAACGAAAAUAUGUAGCAAUGAAUGAUCUUGUGACUCUGUCUAAAAUACUAACAUUACAGUGUCCGCAGCAUUCUGUCACAUUUAAUGAAAUUUUGGCAAUUUCAUUUUUG